UGCGCAGUGUUGCUGCCGCCAUGUUGAGAGUCUGCUCGGUGUUUGAGUCUCCAGGUCUGGGUCCGGGCCUGCGGCUCGUGGCCGAAAGCGAGAGGCCGGCAGAGCUGGGCCCAGCAGAGGAUGAUGUGAUCAGUGAAAGACAGGCUGUACCUGAGAUCGCGGACAAAAGGUACUGCUCUGCAUGUCAGUUCAACUUUGACAACCGAGAAGACCAGACUGAACAUUACAAACUGGACUGGCACAGAUUUAACCUAAGACAAAAGCUGCUGGGCGCUCAACCAGUCAGCGCAGAGAGCUUCGAGAAAAUAGCAGGUGAGAUUUCCAGUAUUUCCGGCUCUGAUUCCGAGCACUCUGAUUCUGACAUUGAGCCCGAGAGGCUACAUUGCCACAGCAUCCGGAAUGUUCUCUAUCCUGUAGAUGAGGAUCUUCCUGCAGAGGAGAAGCAACGAGGUCGGCGGGGCCAUCGAGUUCUCUUCCAGACCGCAGAGGGCGAGUAUCUCUCUGUCUAUCGCUGUGCCCUGCAGGGAAAGCAGGACCUCGGGGAGCAUGAGGACAGCAGUCUCCUGUCAUCACUGCUCAGCCUCAACCCUCAAACUAUCUGGGUCAUUCUGAUGACAGGCGGCGGACAUUUUGCUGGAGCUGUGUUUCAAGGGAAUGAAGCAGUCCACCAUAAGACCUUUCACCGCUACACCGUGCGGGCGAAGCACGGAACUGCCCAGGGUGCGAGGGAUGCUCAGAACCGAAGUCGAGCGCCGAGAUCAGCUGGAGCCUCGCUCAGGCGUUACAACGAAGCUGCUCUCGCGAAGGGUGUUGAGGAUUUGUUGAUGAGUUGGUCCGAGUCUCUGCGAGUGGCCAGUGCCAUCUUCCUCCGAGCUGCCAGCUAUAACAGGAGCAUCUUCUUCGGCGGCAAAGAGCCCAUCCUAAACCGGAAUGACAGCCGUCUCCGGAGCAUUCCUUUCCUCACCAGGAGAGCCACCUUCAAAGAAGUGAAACGGGUCCAUGCACUUCUUUCCACCAUGGAGAUCUAUGCAAUGGAUACAGAUGUCGCUACAAUUCACAAGUCACACAGGAAAGCUUGGAGCGAGAAGCUGAAACCAGUGCAAGAGGCAUCAGAUUCGGAGAGAGAAGAUUGUGAAGGAGAGGCUGUCAAUCCAGCUGAUUUACCAACUGCCUUAGAAAUGGUGGAAGAAACUCUGGGAACGUUGGAACUCCGGGAAUUUGAUAUGUCCCCAAAAAAGAAAAGGAAAAGGAGAAAGAAGAAAGUUCAUGGGGAGAAGACAAUGCAGAGCGGAGCUACUGGUAUUUCUGAAGAGGAAGAUGAUGAGAUUACACAGACCGAGAGUACAGAAGCUGCUGAUCCUGUGACUGGGCCAUUCUCCACUGGAGAAAGGGAUCAGGAAAAGAAGCAACCAAGAAAUUCCCAUGUGACCCCUGGUAGGCCGUCAGAACAAGAGAAUGAGCAUUAUCGAAUGAUGAAUGAGUUGUACACCGCAUGUAAGACUGGAGACGUAGAGCAUCUUCAGGAGUUACUGUGCGACAUGCUCCUAUUUCACAACACAGAGCAUGGCUGCUCUGAACGGACCGACUGUUCCAAUGAGGCAGCUGAGUGCACAAUGGAAACAGACCAGGAGCGACGAUCGGAGACCCACAGGCAAAUGGGACACGGCAAAGACAGUAAGGUGGGAGCGGAGCGUUACACACCAGACAGACUGGGCACUGGACCCCCUGCGAAGGAAGCUUCAUGGCCUGCGGUGGUGACAGUGCCUUCAUUGUGUGAAGCACUAAAUGAGGCAGGGUUCACCCUUCUGCAUGUGGCAGCAGCUGCUGGUCAGCCAGCCAUCCUCCGUCUGCUGAUGGAUGCAGGCUCUGAUCCUGCCAUAAGGGAUAAACAGAAUAGGCCUCCUUAUGCUGUUUCCGCUAACAAGGGGACAAGGAACGAGUUUCGCCGAUACAUGGCAGACCACCCAGGGCGCUACGACUACAAAAAAGCCCAGAUUUCUGGGCCCUUAACCUCUGAAAUUGAGAGUAAAAAAACAGAGAAGAAACGAGCUCAAAAAAUGGCAAAGAAACUGAGAGAGAGGGAACUGAAGGAACAGAAAAAGCGAAUGGAAGAAGAGGAGAUUGAGAAAAAAAAAUACUCAGCAAUGAGUGAGAGAGAAAAGCGUGCUCUGGCUGCCGAGAAGCGCUUUGCUCAACAGUUAGUCAAUGAUGGAACACUUCAUAACAUCAGACGCUGCUGGUUGUGUGGAGAGUCGCUGUUGGGCAGAGUCCCAUUUGAGUAUCUGGAUUACACCUUCUGCACCACUCGAUGCCUUCAGGAGCAUAGAAAGCAGCGGAGACUAUGAAAGAAUCGCUGGAAACUGAUUACUGCAGAGACACACUAUGAUGGACCCUCGACAUGUGACCUACAAAUGUCCAAACCAGACUCUCACUCUCAAUGGCCACAGGAACAGGAGCUUCCUCCUGCACGACUCACAAUGGCCACAGUGCUGGGUGAGCGGAGCUCUCUAUGCUGUUUUUUCUGACCUCCCAGCAGUAGCAUCAGGGGAAAGACUGAGUCCCACACAGACAGGAGCGGCCCCAGCCUGUGUUAACUGAUCUCACCAAGUCGCUUUGAUGCACAAUCACUGUUUAAUGAGGGAAGAGAUGAUGUAGACCUCGGUCAGUAAACUGGAGUGGGGGGAAAAGUAGAUCUUUUCCAUUCCCAGGAUGGACAGUCUAACCCUGUCAUAGUGCCCCUUAGUUGGACCUCACAUGAAUUUCACCCUCUCAGUGGAAAUAUCAGCAGCCAGUGCUUUGGCAGUGUGAGAGAGCAAGGCAAGUUCUUCCCCCAAGACAGCUGUUCCUGACUCCAUGUCUGUCUGCCCGGCGAUGGAUUUGCACAGCGGGUUUGCAGUAAUAUUACAUUUAAUAAAAGCUAUAUGUGGAUGU